GGAGCUCCGCGCACAGCUCCUGCAGAGUGCCGAGGGCACACGCGCGGCAGCUGGGAGGCGGCGCAGCGCGCUGUCAAGCAAAGAGGAGGAGGAGGAGGAGGAGGAGGAGGAGGAGGAGGAGCGGGAGAGACCCCCUGAGCCCUCGGCGGCGGCGGAGCCCGAUUUCGGCUCCAGCCAGCCCGCGCGCGCGCGGGGCUGGUCGUCCUCGCGCCUUCCCCUCGUAGGAUGUAGGAAGUUCGCAUGGAGAGCAGAACAAAAAACCUCAUCAUCAGUACCCCGACAAGCAAAGGCGCUUAGCAAACGCGCGCAAGGAAGGAAUCUAACAAGGCAGGGCUGCUUAGCAAACGCUCAGUUCCGUUGAUCGGCUACACGCAGGGAGUGACCCUAAGUAAGAAUGACCUUUGAUGUACGGCUUUUUGGGAGCCGCGGGGGGACAAGACACAAGCGCGAAAGACGCUACUACUGUCGCAGCGCGUUUGGAGAUCGGGGGGGCCCAAUGGGCCCGCACCAAGCGUCACUCUAGCGAACGGUCACGCUUACGUGUAGUCGGGCAUGUCCUCAGGGGGGGCGCGUCAGGGCCCCGGCGGCCCCGCGCCGGCGCCCCCGGCGAGCC